CAGGUGAUGAUCGAGCAGCCCGGUGUGCUAGCAGAUUGCUAUUACCACGGCUAUGUGGAAGGAAUCCUGGACUCCAUGGUGACUCUGACCACCUGCUCUGGGCUCAGGGGACUGCUGCAAAUUGGAAGCUUGAGCUACAGCAUCGAGCCCCUGGCAGCUUCCUCCACAUUUGAGCACCUCCUGCUGCAGAGGGAGGCGGCAGUUCCUGGGACAGUGAUCUACAAAACACUCCAAGGAGGCAGGCGAUUUGCAGGUCGCGGGACAGCACCCAGGCAGUUCCAGCCCUGGGGACGGACACGGUACUUGGAACUCAUGGUGGUGGUGGACAAAGAGGGGUUUGACUCCUUUGGCACAAGUAUAAGAGAUGUGACACUAGAGGUUAUUGAAAUAAUCAAUCUGGUGGAUGGACUGUUUUCCUCUGUCCGCCUUCGCGUGUUAUUAACAGUACUGGAGAUUUGGACAGAGAAGAACCCUAUCAGUAUCACCAAAAACAUAACUCAGGUCCUCCACAGCUUCAAUCGCUGGCGCAUUCAGCAUAGCCCUGCACACAUCAUGCACGAUGUGGGGUGUCUGUUUGCCUCGCUGGACUUCAGUCACAGUACAAGAGCAUUGCACACGGGCAGUGAAUCAAACUUUGCCAGUGCAUGCAACAGACAGCGCUCCUCUGCUGUUGUAUCAUUUGCAAAACAGACUUACAUUGACACUGCAGUCCAUGUCGCUCACGAGUUGGGAUAUGUCCUUGGCAUGGAGCACGAUGACGAACACUGCAGGUGUGGAAAUGCCUCUAAAUGCAUCAUGAACCCAAAGAGCACAGUGAGCUAUAGAUUCAGCAACUGCAGCACAAAAUACUAUUUUGAUUUUAUAACAUCAGGGCAAGGAAAAUGUCUGAAUAACAUUCCAUCAUCUAUAGGGAGAUUCGUACCGCAGCGCUGCGGGAACGGUAUCCUGGAGGACAGGGAGGAAUGUGACUGUGGCUCAGAGGAACAGUGUAAGUCAGACCCUUGUUGUGACAAUACCUGUCAAAAGAAGGAAGGAGCCAUCUGCACUUCUGGACAGUGCUGCAAGGAUUGCAAGCUUCUUCCAGAAGGAGAAGUGUGUAGGAAGAGCAUCAAUCCUUGCGACCUGCCCGAGUACUGCAACGGGACGUCUGAGCAUUGCCCAGAGGAUGUGGCCAAGCAGGACGGAACCACGUGCGCUGCAGAUGGAUACUGCUAUUCAGGAAAAUGCAGAUCUCACACAUUACAGUGCCAGAAUAUCUUUGGUGAGAGAGCACAACCUGCUCCACUACAAUGUUUCGAGGAGCUGAACACAAAAGGGGAUCGAUUUGGUAACUGCUGGGGAGAUGGCACAGACAGCAAAUUUCAGAAAUGUAAGUUAGAAAACGUCCUUUGUGGGAGGGUGCAGUGUACUAAUGUUAGACACCUGCCUCAGGCAGAUCACUCAACCAUCAUCCAAACCCCAGUGGGUGAUACCUGGUGCUGGGGCACGGAGUAUCACGUGGGCCUGGACACCUCAGAUGCUGGAGUCAUUGAGGAUGGCACGCAGUGCGGCGAGAAGAAGAUCUGCAUCAAUCGGACAUGUGUCCCUGAGGAGAAGUACCUGGCAUCCCACUGCUCUGCCAACACCACCUGCAGAGGAAAGGGCGUUUGCAACACUAAAGGAAACUGUCACUGUGACAAUGGCUGGGCACCUCCCUUCUGCCAGUAUGCUGGCUUUGGAGGAAGCAUCGACAGCGGGCCAACACCGGUCACGAAAAAAGGGCUUUUUAAGUCCAUUGUCAGGAUUACCAUACUGACUGGCACUGUUCUGAUACUUGCAGCACUUGCCACUGAAUACAUCAGAAAGUUUAUGGCAAUCCGACUGUUGAGCAGGCCUGCUGGACGAGGUCAGUCCAGAGAGGGGGAUCCUGAGAAGGAAGAAAGUCAAUCCAAAUCAGCUGAGAGUCAAAACUCCCCAGUAUAG